UGACGCCGUGGCCCAAGAUGGAGCCGAUCCGCCCUGGACGGGUUUAAGCGCCGUUGCUGUGGACGGAAAGACAGGGACGUGAGCGGACAUUGAGCACGGCCAGGGUGCCAGUGAGCCCCCCGCCCCCGCUCGGUGUGUGGGCUGAGUUUCGAGGGGCUGAGCUUCGAUGGAGGACCACAUGAUGGGGCACAACAAGGAGAAGCGCUAUGAGUGUGACGUGUGUGGCAAGACCUGGCAGAGCCCGAGCCGGCUGGAGACCCACCGACGGGUGCAUACGGGAGAACGCUCCUUCGAUUGCUUGGAGUGCAGCAAGAGCUUCACCUUCGAUAGCCAGUUGCAGCGGCACAACCUCGUGCACUCCGGCGAGAGGCCCUUCACCUGCUCUGACUGCGGCAAGAGCUUCAAGAUGGCGAAUGAGCUGAAGAGACACCGGUGGGUGCACACGGGUGAGAAGCCCCAUGGUUGCUCCAUCUGCGGCAAGAGCUUUGCCCUGUUGUCGGUGCUGCAGGUGCACUGGCGGGUGCACAGCAGUAAGGGGCCCUUCACCUGCUCCGAUUGCGGCAAAGGCUUCAAGUCGGCACCAGCGCUGAAGAAGCACAGGCGUGUGCACAUGGGGGAGCGGCCCUACACCUGCAGUGACUGCGGCAAGGGCUUCACCCACUCCAGCCACUUGCUGGUGCACCAGCGCACCCACACCGGCGAGCGCCCCUACACAUGCGCCCAGUGCGGUAAGGGUUUCACCCGGUCCAGCAACCUGCUGGAACACCAGCGCACCCACACCGGCGAACGCCCGUACACCUGCGCCCAGUGCGGCAAGGGCUUCACCCAGUCCGGCACCCUGCUGAGGCACCAGCGCACCCAAACCCCGAGGUAG